AAUGCCAGCUUCUGAAGAUAGAAGAGGGAAAUGGAAACGGCGGAGGCGAGGCGGGAGGAGACCUAAGCAAGAGGAGGAAGAUAUGGAGGAAGAAGACGAGGACAACAACAACAACGAGGAGAUGGAGGAAGCUGAUAAUAAUGCCGAUGAGCUUCACCAAAACGGAGGCGCAGCACCCGAUCCGGGACGCGGUACUAGCGAGGUAGUUGAAGAUAGCGGUGAGCGCAUCUCUGGUUUCCCUUCUGUGGUGAGGCGCGUGGUGAUACGCCCUCACGCGUCUGUAACGGCUGUUGUGACGGCUGAGAGGGGGUGUUUGAUGGGGGAGGUUAAAGGGCAGGGCUUGUUGCUUCCUUCUCUGGAGAAUGUUUCGUAUGGACAGUUGCAGGCGUUGUCUAGUGUACCUGCUGAUUCUUUGUUACUGGAUCCUGAGAGGAGUGAUGGAGUGUCUUCGGGUUGUGUUAUCUCUCCACCCUCUAUUAUGGAAGGAGAAGGUGUUGUUAAACGGUUUGGGGAUAAAGUUCAUGUCUUGCCUAUGCAUUCAGAUUGGUUUGCACCAAACACAGUGGAUCGGCUUGAAAGGCAAGUGUUGCCACAGUACUUCUGUGGAAAAUCGCCAAACCAUACACCAGAAAGUUAUAUGCGAUUCAGGAACGCCAUUGUUUCGAAAUAUAUGGAUAACCCUGAAAAGACACUGACGAUUUCUGAUUGCCAAGGAUUGGUAGAUGGUGCUGACACUGAAGAUCUUGCACGAGUUUUCCGUUUUCUCGAUCACUGGAGGAUAAUCAAUUACUGUGCCACUUCCCAGUGCCAUCCUGGGCCUUCUAAGGGUGUGUCUGAUGUUAGGGAGGAUACAAAUGGUGAGGUCCAUGUACCGUCUGCUGCUUUGACAUCUAUUGAUAGUUUGAUCAGAUUUGAUAAGCCCAUCUGUAGACACAAGGCAGAUGGAGUCAGUUUAUCAUUGCCAUGUUCGGAUGUUGACCUCCCUGACUUAGACAUCAGGAUUCGUGAACACCUAUGCGAGAACCACUGCAACCAUUGUUCUAGACCGCUUCCAACUGUGUACUUCCAAUCACAAAAGAAGGAGGAUGUACUCUUAUGCUCUGAUUGUUUUCACAAUGCAAGAUUUGUGGUUGGGCAUUCUUGUAUUGACUUUGUAAGAGUGGAUAAAAGCAAAGAUUACAGGGAUCAAGAUGGAGAGAAUUGGAGUGAUCAAGAAACUCUCUUGCUUCUUGAAGCUGUGGAGCUCUACAAUGAAAACUGGGUUCAGAUUGCGGACCAUGUCGGUUCCAAAUCAAAAGCUCAGUGUAUUCUUCAUUUUCUUCGGUUACCUGUGGAGGAUGGUCUUUUGGAUAAUGUUGAGCUUCCAGGUGUUACUGAUCCGGCAAACCCUACAAAUGGAUAUGAUCACAGAGGAAGAGAUUCAAAUGGGGCUUUACCUGGAUCUUCUGAGCAAGAUUGUGACACUGAGAUCAAUCUUCCUUUUGUGAAGUCUCCGAAUCCUGUUAUGGCACUGGUUGCAUUUUUGGCAUCAGCCGUUGGACCUAGAGUUGCUGCGUCCUGUGCCCAUGAGUGCCUCACGGUUCUAUCUGCGGACGAUAGGUUGGAAUCUAAUGGCUUGCAAGGAAAAGAACCCAGCUUGCAGCAGCAAGAUGAUAACUCGGGAACACAGAAAACAUCCUGCCAAAACGGAGCAGAAGCACCGACGCCACUGCCACAGGACAAGGUUAUGGCUGCAUUUAGAGCCGGUCUAUCAGCUGCAUCGACAAAAGCAAAAUUGUUUGCUGAUCAUGAGGAACGUGAAAUCCAAAGACUUUCUGCAAAUAUUGUAAAUCACCAGUUGAAGAGGAUGGAGCUGAAGCUAAAGCAGUUUGCAGAAAUAGAAACGUUGUUGAUGAAAGAAUGCGAACAAGUAGAGAAAACCCGUCAGAGAUUUGCUGCAGAACGAGCACGUAUGCUCUCUUCAAGAUAUGGAUCAGCUGGAGGAAUCACACCACAGGCUAAUUGUAGUAAUCUCCAAGGCAUGUCUCUAUCCACAGGUGGUGGUAACAACAUCAAUACUCUCCUGCAGCAACAACUACAACAACAGCAAGUUUCAGCUGGCUCUUCUCAACCAAGCAUGAUCCCAGGGUUUAGCAACAACCCACAAGUUCAUGCGCAGAUGCAGUUCAUGGCACGCCAACAACAACAACAACAAGCCUUCUCAUUUGGGUCGAGAUUGCCUCUCAAUGCAAUACAGACCAAUGCAGGAUCAACGGCUUCACCGAAUGUCAUGUUUGGCAACAACCAACUCAAUAACCCUGCAGGUGGAGCAGCAGCUUCCAUCAACCAAUCUUCGUUUAGCAACCCGAUGGUUAGGUCUUCCACGGGUUCUGGAUCCGGGUCCGGCUUAGGCUUGAACUAAGACCCCAUAUCUUUAGCUUACUUAGCCUAUCAGUUUCCAAAAUUAUUUUGAGCCAAGUUAUUUGCUUUGAGACCUUAGUGUUGUUAUAAGUUAGUGGCUGCAUGUAGGUAUCAUAACUUUCUGGAAUCAUCAUUGUGAAUCAAAAUCAUGUUUCUAUCUAUCAUCAUCAGACUCUUUCUCUA